CUGUCAGGUGGAGGGAAGUAGAAACUUCCUCCAAACUCUGUUCACACAAACUGCAGAGGAAAAAUGAAACUUCCACUUCGUGUUUUUUGAGCUGUGGGUCGGAGCAAAGCUUCAGCAGCAGCUCAGAGCAGCAGCUGCAGCCGUCUGGUGGAGAUGUGCUGCUCGGUGCUGCCCCCACUGGUCGCUCUGCUGCUGCUGCAGCUGGUCCACGUCUCAGACGGACACCGGGAGGACUACAAAUAUGGCCGCCAACACUCGGAGCAGCCCGGCAAAGAACAUUACUGCAGCUGGAAGUGUGUCCUGUUUACGCUGCAGUGGCCCGGAGGCUUCUGCCAGUCUCUGAACGACCAGAGUCUCUGCAAGAUUCCUCAGAGCGUCAACAACUGGACCAUCCAUGGCCUGUGGCCUCUCAAGUCUCUGCACUGCUGCGACUGCUGGCCGAUGUUCCACUCAGACGUCCAGGAGCUGGAGGCUGAGCUGACUGAACACUGGCCAUCGCUACUGAAAACCAAAUCCAGCUUCCAGUUCUGGAAAGAGGAAUGGAAGAAACAUGGAGCAUGUGCAGCCUGUGUGGAAGGAUUCAACUCUCCGCUGAGAUAUUUCCAGACCUGCCUCAAACUCAGACACCAGUUCGACAUCCAUCGGUUGUUGGAUGACGCUGGAAUCACUCCGUCCUGUGAUCGACCCUACAAGGUUGAGGAAGUUCACGGCGUUCUGGCUCCACAUCUGGGCGACAAACUGGAGAUCCAGUGUGUAACCGAUGACAAGGACCAAGAGGUGUGGUUUCAGGUGAAGAUCGGUCUGUCUCGCAACCUGACCGUCGGCUGCGAUCACCACGGCGAUGCUCAGGGGGACUUUGCGGCCGGGUCCAACCCAGUAUCGUACCCCUCUCCUGGGCAUCCCUGUCGUCCCGGUAUCCCCUUCUACUACCUGCCCAUAAACCACCAGCAGCCACUGAGGCCCUGUGACUAACACAACCAGACAACCACCAGGCAAAACGCCAUCCUGAGAUUCCUACGUCACCACUUAUCAGAACAAAGCAGUCGUACGACCCCCGUCACACCACUUACCGGACAUUCACUACAGUAUUGAGAUUUCUCUGGUACCACUUGGCAUUUACAAAAGAGUCCUGAGAUCUCUGAGGUGCCACUUUGCCAACAUUUACAAAACAGCCCUGAAAUUACUUCAAUACCACUUACCACACAUUUACAAUAGAGUCCUUAGAAUGUGACGAUGCUGCUUCCCAGAGAUUUACAAUAGUUCUGAUAUUUCUUUUGUUCCACUUAAAAAAUAUUUACCAAGCAGUCAAAUGGCCCCUGUGAUCCCACUAACCAGACAUUUCCAACAGAAUCCUAAGAGUUCUUUGGUACCACUUACCAGACAUGUACAAUACUGCUCAGAGAUUUCUACGAUACCACUCAGCAAAUAUUUACAAUGGAUGCGGUACCAUUCAUCAGAGACUUACAAUAGAAGUCUAAGAUUUCUACAGUACCCCUGACCAGACAUGUACAACAUUGCCCAGAGAUACCACUUUGCAAAUAUUUAAAAAGCAGUCAUGUGACCCCUGUGGUACCCCUUAUCAGACAUUUACAAUACAAUCCUGAGAUCAGUGACGCCACUUAUCAGGCACUUAAAAUUUUAGUUGGGGGCAACCUGGCAAAAACAACGCGUACACAAGCAUCUACUGACUCACAGUUUAUUGACGUUGCACGUUUUUUGACCUUCCUGCACCCAGAAAGGUACUGACAGAACAUUGAAAAGCACUAAAACCAGGUUCAGACCACUAGAAGAAAAAAGAAGCCAACAAAAAAUAUAAAACAAAUGAAGAGAGACAUCCACACAAAGAGUCAGCGGGACAGACUGGGGUGUUCCUCCUACGCCUGCUAUGAUAACUGGGUAUUAAUACUCUGUACGUGGGUGGUUGUACGGUUUUGGCUACUGGACUGAAGUAAUAAAAAGAUAAACAGAA